GCGAGCUCGCAAUUUUUCGUUGGGCCUUUGGAUUUUCAUUUCCGACGUGUUCGUCCUACGUGGACACGAAAGUCUGAAAAGCUUUUUGGCUUGAGCGGGAAAGGGCCCGCCGACCGAAGGAGCGACCGAACGACCGGGCGACCAGCGGAGUAGCGGACCAGCGGACCAGCGGACCAGCGGACGACCGGUUUGGCGACUACCUAUCGUAGCCAGCUAGCGGUAGGGGGGAUCAAUCGGCGGAACCGUAAACUGAUCGGUUGACGAGCCGAAGACCGGUCGAGACAGUCACCGACCGACCGAGGAGCAACGACCGCCAUGCUGCGUACGGACUGAGCGGGCGACCGAGGCAAGCUGCCCACUCAGGAGAGAGCGGAUGACCGACUCCCAACGAGCUGCUUUUACUGACUGAGGGCAUACUCACACUACGGAUUAUUUACCUCCUUUUGAACGGGAUUGCGGCCAGAUGCAUCCAGGGAUGGCCGUGAGUGCGGUCAGAUACAUACACUUGAGAUACUGCGGUAGUGUGAGUGCGCCCUGAGCUGCGCACGGAUUCACUGCCCGGUCGACGUUUCUUCUCACGUACGAGCUCUCUUAGUUCUUCAGAUCGUAAUCAUCUCGGCAGAUCAUUAAUCUACUUUUAUUCUAAUCAGUCGAUCAAUCAGUCCAUUAAUCAAUCAAUCAAGCAAUCAAGUAAUCAAUCUUGAUUGGUAUCCAUGGCCCGCGCUAGCUCGCUGCUGAUGGCUGCGACGGCGUCUGUCGUAAUCGCACCAUCUUCGAAUUCGCUCUGCACGUCAGAGCUGUCAUCUCGGAGUUGUCGAGGAGGAGAGACCUCUUCUCCUUCUCUUUCUCCUCCUCCUCUUUCUCCUCCUUCUCUUGCUGCUACGUUUCCUCCAUAUCCUUCUUCUUCUUCUUCUCCUUCUUCUUCUCCUUCCUCUUCUUUGUUGAGUUUGCGCAGUGGGGAAGGUGCUGCUGUCUCACGGGCUCGAAGAGGGACUCGACAGACCGUAUCAGCUCUGGCUAUGGCGGCACCACGUGGCUUCUGGAUGCAGACAAGCCGACACGUGGCGUCCUGUCGACGACCGGCCAUGUCUUCGUCGGCCGGUGCUAGUGUUAGUGAUGAGCUGACCGAUGAUGUUGAAGAGAGAGCUUGGGAGGGGGAGGUGGUCGCUGACGACGAAGAAUUUUACGAGGUCCCCGUGCAUAACGUACGCGUCUACGACCGACAACGAGACCUGUGGUUUAACGUGGAGGUGCCAGAGGACCAAUACAUCCUGCACACGGCGGAGGAUCAAGCCAUAAAACUGCCAUUUGCAUGCCGAAUGGGUUGCUGUACAGCCUGUGCUGUUCGCGUCAAGUCAGGAAAGUUGUAUCAGCCAGAGGCACUGGGAAUCUCUGCAGAACUGAAGGAGCAGGGCUAUGCGCUCCUUUGUGUUGGCUAUCCGCUAUCUGAUCUCGAAGUCGAGACGCAGGAUGAGGAUGAGGUAUACUGGCUUCAGUUUGGUCGGUAUUUCGCCAAAGGCCCCGUGGGAGCUGGGUAGCUUACCGCCCACCUCCCCAUAGACACAUUGUUGCAGCAUAGACCACAAGGUUCACUCG